UUUUUUUCUUAUAAUUUCCAAUAACAUUUUCACAUAUUUUGCAUGAAGAACAAAUUUUUUCAUACAUAUACAUAGCAAAAAGAAUUAAAAACUACAUUUGCUAAUUAUCCUCAAGCUAAAAAUAGAAGCCAACUGCCAAAAUAUCCUAAAACUUUUGAGCAUGCAGACAAAAAUGAAAAACUUCUUCACAUAAAAUGCACAGUUACGUUAGACAUACAUACAACAAACAGUUGCUCACAGACAUCUCUGCUCCUGCAUAUUCAUACACACACACACACACGAAGUUAAAUUGCCAGGGGAAGGCGAAGUGGAGUCCUUGAACCAUCUCGGCUUACGAACAACCCCCAAACAACAUUGGGUGCGUCGGUACUCGGCGUAACACAUAACGGCCAAAAAAAAUAGCAGUCACAACAAAAAACAAACCCAGGAAGCCGACGGUCGGCUGUUUGUGGGUACCCUAUCUGUUGGUAUUCCGCUGUAGAUUCACCGUUGCCCUUUUAUCUUUUUUGUGAGUGUGUGGCCGCCGCAACAAAAGGAGGCAGAUACAAAAUUUCGAAGAUGUCUGCCGUAUUUGCGAAUAAGACCCUACCAUCCGUCCAAUUUGGUUAAGAUUAGUGAUACCAAUAUGUUUGGGUCCAAGCUGCGCUCGUGGAUGGAGACGCACAUCGGGCGUCCCCGAAAGAAGAGUAGCAAGCACAAGCAGGCGUCCUUGGAAACGGGAAGCUCCUGCUCCGGAAAGAAGGCUGGCACCCUGCCGCCGCAGGGGGGCAACUUGACCAGUCCCGUCCUGACCAGCAGUGGAAGCCACAGCAUCGCUAGUCCAGUUCGUAGGCGCGAAGUAUCACCCAUUCAGUGCCAUCCACCUAGUCGUCGAUAUGGAUGGCAAUCCCCAGACGACGAUUCAUACGUCAUUACCUCGCCUAAAUCAGAGAAUCUACUAAACGCCCCGCAUCGCUAUCAGCCCAACCCGCUGCUGCAACAGCACCCGCACUACUUGAGCGUGCCAAAUAGCAAAGACAACUCCUGUGGCGAGAAGUCGCCCAUCGGGGUAAACUGCUCCUCGUCAUCCAUAUCAUCGCUGUCCUGGUCAACUGGCUCCAAGGAGCCCUCUUCUGGCAAACAGGCCACUUUUAGGGAGCUGUCCUUAAAUGUGGAAUAUAACAUCCCACCCGAGGAGGAAGUUGAGUACGAGGAGGUGGGCGCUCUACUGCUCAGGCCACCCGAUUCUUUCGGUGAACAGCAGCGUCCUCAUUCCGAGAACUUGAGCGUAAUGCGUCUUCUCUACGAUGAUGAGCCUAGGCAAAGAAAAAACCACGUGCGAUACGGCCGCCUACUACCCUCAAAGCUGGCGCCUGUUCAGCUAGGCGAGUCUUUGGAAAAUUUGACAGCUACGCCUCCAAUUCCAACAGCUCCGCCUACCGGCUCGCGUUUGCGAACUCCCCGUGGAAUGCAGCGCACCACUUUCAUGCCGGGACCACGACCCCACAGUUUGCCUUCACCGGAAAGCGCAUAUUCUACAGGCUACUCUACAGAUGGCACAUCGCCGUGCGCCGCUAACAACUACAACCCCCCCGAGUACUAUAUAAACAUGCGCUCGGGAACCCACUACUUCCCCAAGAGCGUAAAUUCGCUUGCUAUAGAGGCGCAACGCUACAAGUUCGGCCUAAACCGCAUUGAGGAGAUGUCGCCCAUGGACCCGCUGCCCAAGACCAACUUCACCAGCGCCAAUCAUACCUUGGAGUUGUCGCCUAGUCCACUCGCUGUGCGUCAGCAACCUAAAUUUUUUGAAUCUCCCUCGCCGAGACAGCGCUGCCGUAUAAGAACGAAUCCUUGGUACAACACUGGAGAGCAUUUGCCAAACUCCUCAGCUCCCACCAGAACCGAUCUUGAUGCCACCAGCACAACGUCCACUACCUCGUCCGGCAUUAAGUCUGGAAAUGAGCUCGAAGUUUCGGCAACGAAAACAACAGGGUCGAAUUCAAAAGAAGCAGCCGGCCAUACCGAAAACCCCAACUACCGAGGCAUUUUCAGCAAGUCAACCAAAGUGGCGGGUGUUGACACUCUUGGGGGUGUAUGUAGUGGCGCACCUGAAACUGGAGUCGCUUCUGAAUCCGAGGGCUCUUCGUCUUCGACUGAAGUGGAAAAUCUGCAUGCCCCACACACCAUAAAGCGGCGUCAACUGGAGCACGCAGAGACGACAACAACUUCAGUGCAUAUGGCAGGUGGUGGUGGAGCAGGAGCUACUACUACCUCAUUCGUGCUUAGUGAUGACGAGGCCACCCUCAACGAGAUGAUAGGGAAGUUUGACGAGAGCUACAUCUACGAGAAGGAGACUGACAUACUGAGUAGCGACUCGGAUGUUACUGACUGCUGUCUUUCGGAGAUGGACACUGGUCAGGAUGCGGGAGAUGAGUGUGAAACGGACGAGCUAUUGGACAUCGAUUUCAUAGAUACUUCUUCGAUACAAGAGAAAGAAAGCGAUCGCCAGGACCUAUCGCGCAAUCUCGGCAGCUGCCAGUACUUUUCUAAUCAACCCGUCAGUCCGAUUAAUCGUAAGGUUUCAACCCGCUCCCGACGUAAGAGCGGCCAAGAGGCGGGAGAAAGCUCACAACAGCGUCGACGUAAGCGGUAUCUUAAGACGCGUAAGAAGAGUUGCGACAACCGCGAAAAGAUCCCUUUGGCACCUUUCGGUGAGCCUAGGGGGUCCCGAAGUGUAGGAGGUACUCCCGUUUGCUUGCGCCGUAAUCUGCUGGGUCCAAGAGAAAAGAUUUUUAAGACUUCCCCUUUGUCAAACCGCUCUAAUUCCCUGAUAUUUGGCAGCAUUAACGAAAAGAAAACACUCAACAUUGCAGAAAGCGAAAGAGCUCUUUUCAAGGCAGACAUUGAGGCUGAUAUAAAGUAUAAGCAGCUAAUCAUGGAGGCGGAGUCAUUACUGGAGUCAAUGAAAAACAGCUUGCAGAGUAUUCCCAGAGACACGCCCGUUGCCAGUCCGAGGCGGUUGAAUCCUUUAGCCAACAAGCGAGUUGAGAUGCUUAAAAAUAGCGAGGUAGAUCCCAAAAAGCAGGCACAGCUUCCGAAUUCCGCUUCUCUGGAACAUGAGAUAGCUGCAGCAAUCAACAAGCGCAUAGAGAUUCUGAAGUUUAAUCCUCUGUCUGUCGCAUCGCCGCCCAAUAGUCCCAAGCUUGGACGUUGCAGUCCACGCAAAACGCAUCUGACUAACUUCAUAAGUCAAAAUGCUCCGCCAGAGCUGCCGCCACGAAAAAUGAACGGCCACAUUCCCGUUGCACCACUGUCACCACAGCUGCAGCUAAAUGGAAGACGUCUCCAGGAGAGUCCGAAGGGAAAGCGACGCACUAUGAUGGUGACAUCCACAACAACAGUCAUCAGCUUUAACGGCAGUGAUUCUGAGAUAGAAUCCAUUGCAGUAGAGGACAUUAGUAAUCAGAACUAUUUGCCACAGCAGCAAUCGAAUCCGAAAGUUUGGCUUGAGUCGCAAGCACAAAAUCAAUUGCAUGCGGAGUCGCAGAAUUACAACUUUUAUUGCCCACAUAGCGAGCCCUUGAAGCGCAAGGUCUACAAGGGAAGCUCAUCUUUCGAGCGCAUUAAGAAGAACUUUGACUUGGAAUUGGAUGCAAACGGACGGAGCAAGUUGAACGAGCCUUCGCAAAUAAAAUAUUCGGCCUCCGUGUCGGCAAAGAGCUCUAUGCAAGACGUUACCGUUGAAGAGACUAAGGCAAUGGACAGUAGUAACCGAAAGCGGCAGCUCUUACUGAAUACCAUUGUCGAUUUGAAGCGCAGCUUAGAGAAUCAGAGUUAUCAGCUCAGUGGUCUCGGUGGUGAAUAGAACUGGGUGAACAACCUGAUAUAGCUAAUAUCACCAUCUUACUGACGCAUCAUGUAUGAUUUAGACAGUAACUAAUUUGCUAAGACCUAAGCUAACUGUCCAAGCGAAUCCCAGACUUGAUACUGAAACUAAGCGCAAUAACUUUCUAACUGAUAAGAAAAGACGAGUAUUUAUAUUGUAAAUGAAACUAUGGACUGGUGCAGGAAGUUAUACAAAAAUUUGGUGGCGUGUAGAAAAUUGUUUUAUGAACUUUAUAUGUUAUAACCGUAGAAAUAACACAGGUUUUCUUUGUUUUAAACUUGCAUAGAUGGAAUUUUAGUUUUAAAAUAGACUUCGUCGUUAGUUUGAUCAUCUCAUGGCGUUCUGUUAAUAUUGAUUGUUUAAGUUUAAUCUUUGAAUUUUUUUGUUUAAAAAUAUAUUUAUUUGUAAAGAAAUUAAUCUCAGAUAUUAUUAUUAAUAUGUAUUGGAAAUGCGCAAAGCUGAAAAGUGUUUAGAGCACUGACUCUCUGGUGUGUUUAAUUAUACUAUCCUACAGACUUAUACUAUUGAACCUUAGCUUAAUUGUGUUGAUAUUAGUCACUAUGUUAAACUACAUAAGUCAAUAGCUGGUAAUAAUCCCUAAUUAGUUAUCAAUCGUAUGUGUGUGCGUUUAUGCAUAUCCCACAUGAGCUUAAAAGCUCAUCUUAUUGGUAGACAUGGUAAAACAUUUAUCAUCAUUUUCAUAAAAGUAUUGAGAAGUAGUCCUUUAAGUAAUAUAUACUACGAUCCAUCCACUCGAGUUUUUGUAGAUUAAUUAAAAUAUAUUGUCUUUUUUUUCUCCUUUUUAGUUGAUUAGAUACAGAAGAUUUUGUUUUUAUGCUAGACAUCUGAUAAAUGUAAUGGAAUUCAAAUUAUAUUUCUAUUGGUCUCGCCAAAAUUUUGUCAAAAAAAUAAUGAUUUUUAUUGGGAUUAAAAUGAUAGUAAUUUAGAUUAAUUAACCCUUAUAAACAAUGUAGAGCCGACUCAAAGAAUACUUAAUAUAUCUCAUAUUGUAACGUGAUAAUAAACUUAAUGAAAAACCCCAGACCUACAUAAUAAAGAUCCAAAAUGAGAGGUUAUCGACAGAAAAGUAAGUAUAAAGUAACUACUUACCAUAUAUCUAAGUUGUUAUGUUUGUGGUUUUCUGUUCUACACGUUCGUGUACUUUGUAGUUUUGCGUACUCGUUUUUCAUUAAAAUUAAAAUUGCAAUUAGUUUUCGUUUUCGCUUACGUUCUAUGCCCGCUUUAGUGCCUAAGGCAGGUAUGCUGUGUUAAAUUUACUUAAUUAGUUUCACCCGCGAAGCGACUCUUGAACAUCGAACAGUAACCAAAGAUCGCUGGCCCUGAAAGGCAAAAGACACAGCCCGCGAAAUCAAGAUAUCGAACUCGAUAUCUUCAACCUUAAAUGGGCUGCUACUGCGUAGUUCCGGACAGCGCACUAUGACUGCAGCUAUUAAGGUAAUUUAUACGCCCUAAAUUCCAAAUAUUCAAUUGGAUUUCCUAUAAAAGCGAGCUUAAGACAAUCAAACGAGCUUUUGAUAUGACGAUUUACAAAACGCAACUUAAGAAAGACUGCAACGGUCAGAAUUGACGAAACCCCAUUAUCAUGAGUGGUUUGAGUGAUAUUCUUUGUCAC